AUGGCCUCUGGAUCCCCACACACAGGGGGCAGUGGAAAGAUCCGGACACGGCGUUGCCACCCCGGUCCCGUGAUGCCUUACUCGCAGGGGCGACGGCGCCAGCUGGGCAUUCUUAGCAGGGUUACAGAAUAUGUUCAGAAUAACGUGCCAGCAUGGCUACAGAGAUAUUUCGACAAGAAUGAAGAUGUAUGCAGCCACACAACAGACGCAGAGGAGACUCCAUGUUCGCAAGAAAAUAGGGAAGAUGACGAGAUAGUGUGUGCCGGUGAGGAGAUCUCUAAUAUUAAUGAUUGGAGGAUCACUAGUGAGCCAACAGUCGGUAAUACAGAAGACGCCUCAACAACCAGCCCUGCUUCAAAUUAUGCAGGUGAAUUAAACAGGCCAUCUCUUCGUCGGAGCUGCUCGAAUUUCUCCAUGUUGGAAUCCCAUGUUUCAAAUUGUGAGCCAUCCACAUCAUCAGCAUUCCCAACUGGCAGUCCUGGCUUUUCCCUUGUGAAGGAAAUUAUAGACUCUACCUCUCAGCAUGGUGCUGGUAACACGUCCACUAGCCAUCAUUUUGAAUUUUCAUCAAGAGUUUCCGAUAAAGCUAUGGCUGCUCCAAAGAAGACUUCAGUGCCACCUCUGUGGUCCCCAGAGGCUGAACGGUCUCAUUCACUCUCACAGCACACUGCCACCAGGCCAAAAAAACCAGCGUUCAGCUUGUCUGCAUUUGAGACACUUUCCCCUUCAUUUGAGAAAUCUUUGAUCUUUCAAACAAGUCAGCAUGGAGAUCCUCCUUGUUAUCCUAGAAAAACAACGUAUGGUGGGGCAGCAGCUGCUGUAAGACAUUCUAAACUAGCAACGACCCCUUGUCAGGCACCAGUAAGAAGACAGAUGAAAGCUAAGCAACUCAAUGCACAGUCCUGUGGUGUGACUAGUUUAGCAGCUUGGCGAAUAUUACAAUCUUUAGAGAAGCUAUCAGGACCUCUAGCAGAUGUUCUGUCUUUUCCUGUGUGUUCUCCUCUUGAUAGGAGUCGGAUAGAUAACACAGAUUUGGGGGCCAAAAGAGAGAAGGUGGAUUCUCAGUAUCCUGUUCAAAAACUCAUGUGUCCAAAGCUAGUUUCCAGAGCAACAAAACAAAGUGUUUAUUUUAAACUGUCUCUGACCCCAUCUCAUGAAUUGAGGAAGGCUGAUCAAAGAAGAGUUAAACAGCACAGUACUCAUUAUGAAAACAGUGUGACACCAGGACAAAACAGAGAACAAGAAAGUGGCUUUCCGCAUCAAAAUUUGCGUUUCCCUGCCCCCGAUGGAUUAUCUUCUGGAGCAGGUAGUAGAGGUGGCAAAGUCAGACGGGAGAGAACACACUUCCUGACAUCUGAACCACCAGUGGAGGAGGAAACGCAAGCACUACUAUUAUCAAAAAUCUCUCUACCGAUCACCAAUUCUUCACUCCCUUCCUUCAGCUUUCAUUGUCCUUUGAUGACAACUUCCUCUCCAGCUCCCAUGAGUCCUUCACAAUCAGUAUCAGAUAAGGUACGAAUGAUUUCUCUGAGCAGCACUGGCAGACCCAUGUCUAGAUUUUCUUCUUCCACUGUAAAGUCUACUGAGGCAGGUGCACUGCCGUCAUCAUCUGCUGAAUUUGCAUUUAGGAUGCCUGUUGCAAAAGCAGAACUUGCAGACACCAGUAGUACUUCAGAACCUAUGAUAAGUGCUUCUGGUUUCCUGUCACCAAAGGCAGAUGCUUUUGCUGCUCAGCCUACCACGACCAGCCCGGCAGUUUAUACAGGACCAGCCGUAUGUAGGUUUUCCUCUAGUGAAACUGGACUUGGGGAAAGGUUAAAAGCUAGAUCAUCGUGGCGCUGUGACACAUGUCUGCUCCCAAACAAAGUAACUGAUGACAAGUGCGUAGCCUGUCAAGCCGCCAAGUUGCCACUGAGAGGUUCUGUUGAACAAACAGCUGUUGGGACAGCAAGAAAAAGUGGGAAACCACCCAUUUCUGCAUCAGGGGCAGGCUUUGGGGACAAACUUAAACCACAAUUCAGAACUUGGGAGUGUGAUGCAUGUUUAGUGCAAAAUAAACCCGAAGCAAGAAAAUGUAUAGCUUGUGAAACAGCCAAACCUGGAACUGGUGUCAACCGGUUCCUUCCACUGCCAGUGGUUUCAGAAAGUGACACAACUAUGACGGCUUCAUCUUCUAGCUGCACUGUGACCACUGGUACCUUAGGAAUUGCAGAUGAGCUGAAAACACCAAGAGGAUCUUGGGAGUGUCCAAUAUGCAGUGUUUCUAAUAAUGCAGAAGACAAUAAAUGCAUGUCCUGUAUGUCCAAGAAAACAGAGAGCUCAGUACCUGCUUCAAGUAGCAGCACUGCAUCUGUCGCUCUUUCUUCUGCAGAUACUCUAGGAUUGGAGAAGUUGAAUCCCGAGGGAAGCUGGGACUGUGAAGUAUGCCUAGUACAGAAUAGAGCAGAUUCUGCCAAAUGUGCAGCAUGCGAAAGUGCCAAACCAGGCACAACAGACACAAAAUCUGAGUUUAAAGGCAUUGCCAGCUGUUCUUCACUUUCAAACCCAGCAGCCUCAUGUUUCAAAUUGGGAAACCCAUCACCCGCUUCUGGGCCUUCUCCGACUUCAACAAGUACUGGAGACUUUCAGUUUCGAGAUCAGGGAGGCUUCAAAACCAGCGUGUCUUCAGAGUCUGGAUCCACAGACGCCAUGAACAGAAGUUUUCAACUUGACAAAUCCACCGAGAUACCUCGUAAAGUUGCCUCUGAAGUUAUUAGCUUUGGCACAAGUGUUAUUAAUCAUGAUCCAGCUGCUGCUACUACUGCAGCGACCUCUCAGAGCAAGAGCGGCGUCAGUUGUAGAACAGUAGAAACCAAAAUUGUUUCAAUGGCUCCAGUCACAUGUCAGACAUCAGAUGUAGAGAGGGAGGAAUUGCCUCCAGCCGGAGGAGGGUCCGCUUCUGGCAAUAUGGGAUCUGCCUCUGCGCCACCUGCCUCAGCGUUCACUUUGGGAGGGACAGGGGAGAAACAGCAACAGCACGGCACUUCUGCUGCUCCUGCGUAUGGGACGAAAACUGAUAACGAAGACAGAAAGUGGAAGGCAAGCUUUCCCUUCGGCUGUUCAAAGCGAAGGAGAGAGGAGAGUUGUUCAAAGCGAAGGAAAGCGGAGAGUUGUUCACAGUUGGCAUUUGGUUUCAAUAUGAGGAAACCAUCUGAGAAGGCAUCUGAGCAGCCAGGAAAGGCCACUUUUGCUUCUGGAGCUCAAACCAAUACUGCAGCUGAUCAAGGAACAGCAAAGGCCAUUUUCAGUUUCCUGAACAACAGUUCCUGUGGUUCACGGACAUCAGCCACUUUAGCAGGUGGUGGCAUAUUUGCUCAUUCCACCCCUUCCUCCAACCUGCCUGUGGCCGCUGGUGCACUUGGACAGGCCAGCAAUCCCGUCAUCAGUCCUGCCCUUGGUAACUUUGCUGGACCCAGCUCAUCUCAGUCUUUGCAAUUUUCUCAGCACAAUAGCACUGGUACAGCUGUCGCCCCAAUUGUCUCAGGUCCAGGAGCCGUGAGUAAUAAUACUUCAACGUCUGGUUUCAGUUCUCAAGCUACAACCUCAUCUAGCUCUGGAGGAUCCUUUGUAUUUGGCACUGGACCUUCAACACCAUCUGCCGGUCCAGCGUUUGGUGCUAACCAGACCCCAAUUGGACAAAGCCAUGGUGCCAGCCAGCCUUACGCCACAGCAUUAUUCGCUACUGGUUCCCAGCCUGCACCACCGCCUAUUUUUGGUGCGGCAUCAAGUGGUAACCAGCCUGCUGUGUUUGGACAGCAGCCUAGUCAGAGGGCAUUGGGCUCUGGAGCAACUCCUAAUCCCAGCCAAAUGGAUGAACUAUGUUCUCUUUUUCAGCAAGUUUAUUUUGUGGACUCACAAAAAAAGACUGCUGUUAAACGCAAGAAAUAA